CUUUGCACAGGUUGUCUUUUGUGAACUGUUCACCCUAAGGGAAACAACAAGAAAAUACAAGUCAAACUAGUCAAACCUGUUAAUCAAAAACGACAAACUUCUAUUUCUUCUUUUGGUAUUUAAUUUUCUCAUAAAUUGAACUAGUUGUAUCAACAUUUCUAAAAUUAACAACGACGUGAAUUACACGUUCUUGAGUUUAGUUUGAUGAGCUGAGGCGUCCGUCGGUGGUUAACUUUCCCUAAUUUCAUAAAAUUUGUAGUCAAAAUGACUGAAAUUAUGAGAUUUAUUUAUGUAAAUAGCAUCAAGGGACAGAAAAGCAACUAGUGAUUAAUGCUUAACCUUACAGAAGAAGCUAAACUCGGCAUAGCUAGCGGAGCGCUUGGAAUUCUACUCCUAAUGAUAAUUUGCAUGGCGUGUAAAAUCAGAAGGCUUCGUAACGCCCCCGUUUACAAUGACGAAGCCAUUAACGUCAAGACGAAAAAAAAUCCUUCAAAGCAACAUCCUAAAUGCGACGAUUGUCAAAUGGAAAAGAUGCCAGAGGUGAUUCUACCKUUGAAAGUUCGAAGUGGAAGCUUUAUGAACCCGAAAAGAGAAAAAGGAAUGGUUAAAUUUACACUGGAAUAUCAUGAGGAAUUCCAGAAACUUCUAGUUACAUUAAUACAAGGAGUMAAYGUAGUCGGCCGAGACUUCUGGGACACCGUUGACUGUUACGUCACUUUAAAUAUUGAACCAGAAUUCAGCGAGGAACACAAAACAAAGGUCGUGAAAAGAAAACUUCAUCCUGAUUUUAACGAAACGUUUGAGUUUAGUGUUGAAUUUGCGGCUCUCAAAGAAAAAACUCUUGUUAUGACUGUGUGGGAGAUUGAUAAAUAUACACGRCAUCACGUGAUUGGUCACGUGAGGGAAAAGCUUGAUCACGUGGUUAAGGUGAAUCAUGUUUAUGGUGUUGAUCGUCAAAUAAAGGAGCAUCGUACGGACCAAAUCCAGUUAGGUGAAAUACUGUUUUCCCUUUGUUACCUACCGACAGCGGAAAGACUAACRAUAGUCAUCAUGAAAGCAAGAAACCUAAACCCGCCAUACGAACAAUGGAGGUCUGGGCCGAGACCACUAAAUCCUUUCGUAAAAGUAGUCCUACUAUUCGAUGGUCACAAAAUCAAGAAAAAGAAAACUUCAUCGCGGCAUCAAGACCGCAAUCCAGUGUACAACGACGCCAUGAUGUUCGACAUUCCCAUCCAACUUCUUCACCGUAUCAUAUUUGUCUUAUCGGUGGCUGACAARAUGGCGGGAAACACAAGAAGCGACGUGAUUGGUCGAGUCGUGAUUGGCUCGCCUACGAUCGGCGAAGCACUGAGCCAUUGGCAGCAAAUGUUGGUUUCACCACGUCGACCAAUCGCUGCUUGGCAUAGAUUGACAAUGUAGUAAAGGCUAAGCCAAUAGGAUUUUGGGAUAGAAUAACCAAUGAAAUGCAUUGGAUUUAGUGGUUACUCUUUAAACCACGUGAUAAUGACCAGCCAAUUAAUUGCUCUGUAGAAUAAAAACCAUUUCUAGAGAAAGCCACGAUGGCAGAUCGCACACUUUUAUGCCCACAAAAUCAAACAUAUCUGCAUGGUUUUAAGUUUUUUUUUAAUAACUAUAAGGAAACGGAUCAAAUGCUGUUUUUUCAAUGAAAACAAGCUUAUUUUUAUAACUUUUAAGGAGGUCAAAAGUGCGGAGACAACAAGAYUUCUCAUCAUAUCUUGUUCUUGACGUGAUCUUGUUCCACUUUGUUGCAAAAAUAAAAAAUAAAAAGACUUUGAGUUUUUUGUUCAGCUGUGUCUGCCACUAGAGAUGGAAACGAGGAUUUUAUUAUUACUGAUGUAAAUAGAAAAUAAUAGUUAUUUACUAUUACAUAAAUAAAAGAAUUGAGACUAUUGAACUGGCGUACUACCGCUAUUGCAAUAAGGGUAGAACCUCCAGAGAUUCUGUUUGUAUGCAGGUCAGGGCCGUUUAUUAGAGACCGAGAU